AAUACCCCAAGUCAUCUGAUACAACAAAACAUUCCACUGAUAGCCAAUCCGCGACGCAGCGCAAGGAAUGGUGAGAGGCCAUAACAGCUGCUGGGGAAAUACAGCUAUUUUGUCAAACAAAUUCGUGAUUUGCUUUUUUCUGAGAUUAAUACCGUGUAAGACUGAACGUCGUAUAGUGCUCGUAGACUGGUUAGGGUGCUGUUAAUUCUGAGAGGAGGCGAUAGUCCGGACAGGAGAAAAACAAAGAUGGCUGUGUAAUUAAAGAGACAAAUACUAGCGAACUGUCUGAACAUUUCUCAGCUUUUUCCAUUACUGACACGUCGCAGGGGUCCGGUGGAUAGCGUGCUGGUACCAGGGAAAAUCCGUUAACCGACCUACCGAACAGGACCAUUGGUAAACGGUUGCUCACGCGCUGUCACGGCAAAUAACGGCGAAACGACAACACAAAAACAUCUGUUAAGCAGGGUUGUUUUUGUUCGAGCUACUUAGCUAGGUACUGUACGUAGUACGGGGGAGGGCUGGAGUGUUUUGUGAGCUUGUUAGCCAUAGCUUGUUAGCUAACUGAAUUUAGAAGCUACACUGCCAUUCAACUUCGCUAGCUACAUAGCAGUCGAGCUAGCAACAAAACGACCGUCAAAUAACUAUUUGGACAUUUGUAAAACAAUCCUCGAACAUUCCCUUGUUAAAUUCCAAUUUUGUUGCGCAACAAAGCAAACGGGCGAGCGUGUUAAGUAGCUUGCAAUCCAGCUCAGACUGCUUUCUAGACAGCUGACCGAGAUCUACUGGCCUGGCUUUGCCUAGCCUGUGAAGCUAAAUCUGACAACAAGCUAACAUUUUGGCGACAGGUAGCUGUUGUAGCUAGCUGACGCCCGACAAUCAACACAACCCACCAUGUCCUCAAUGGAAGAGAUUGGGGUCGCGGCCGCUCCAGGCUCCUCCUCAGGCGGCCUGGGUGUUGGGGCAGUGGGGGCAGCCCUGGAGGCUGUGGUUGGGGGUCCAUCGAUGCAGGAAGAGGUGGGCUUCCGAAGAGGAGAGGUGCUCGGGCCUGAGUCAGACCCGGACGAGCCGCCUCCCAAGAAGCGGAUGAGACUGCCGGAGGGAGAGUCGGGAAAGCUGGAAGAGAGGCUGUAUUCAGUGCUGUGCUGUACCGUGUGUUUAGAUCUCCCUAAAGCCUCUGUUUAUCAGUGUACCAAUGGUCAUCUGAUGUGUGCUGGCUGUUUCAUCCACCUUCUGGCCGACUCUCGUCUGAAAGAGGAACAGGCCACCUGUCCCAAUUGCAGGUGUGAGAUCAGUAAGUCUCUGUGUUGUAGGAACCUGGCUGUGGAGAAGGCAGUGAGUGAACUGCCCACAGACUGCACAUACUGUCUCAAACAGUUCCCUCGCUCCAGCCUAGAGAGGCACCAGAAGGAGGAGUGCCAAGACAGGUACACAUCUCAUUGGGUGACACAGUGCAAGUACAAGCGGAUUGGCUGCCCGUGGAAAGGGCCGUUCCAUGAGCUGCCGGCCCAUGAGGAGGAGUGCUGCCACCCCACCAAGACUGGCACAGAGCUGAUGGGCAUCCUGGGGGAGAUGGACCAGAGCCAUCGCAGAGAACUAACCCUUUACAACUCAAUAUUCUCCCUCCUCUGCUAUGAGAAGAUAGGCUUCACAGGUAGGCUAGAGGUCCAGUUUAGACCAUACCGUACAGAUGACUUCAUAACCCGCCUGUAUUACGAGACGCCCCGUUUCACCGUGUUGAACCAGACCUGGGUACUGAAGGCCAGAGUUAAUGACUCUGAACGCAACCCUAACCUCUCCUGCAAACGCACACUCUCUUUCCAGCUCAUCCUGAAGAGCAAGGUGAACUCUGCUAUAGAGUGUUCCUUCCUGCUGUUGAAGGGUCCGUAUGACGACGUGCGGAUCAAGCCUGUAAUCCACCACCACGCGUUCAGCAAUGACACCAAUGAGACCGACUAUGUCCCGCUGCCCAUCAGCGACUCUGUGGAGUGUAACAAACUACUGGCUGCCAAGAACAUCAACCUACGGCUCUUCAUCUUCCAGAUCCAGAAAUAGAGAGGCUUGGAGAGAGGAGAGGAGGAGGAGGGGGGGGGAGAGAUGGGGUAAGCGAGAGAAGGCAGAUUUAAAAGAAGCGGAGGGGUGGAGGAGGAGGGACGGCACAGGGAGGAGAAAGGAGGAAAGCUUGUUCACCCCCUGAAGUCUGAGAUUAAAGUGAGACAUCACUGAACCACUGAUACCUCUGUACACACACACACACAGACACCCUCUCACAGACACACACACACAGACACCAUCUCACAGACACACACACACACACACACAUCACUGGAUUUCUGUCAUUGAGAGUUACAGAAGCCAAACUUGGGGAGCUGUUAGUGUUGCUAUGGAGAUUGGGAAUAUUGGAGGUGGUCGAAUCUAUGGAAACUAAGUGGUGUACCUGUGGGGUUGAGUUUGUCUGACCUUUCACCCUUGACCCCAGAGCCAAAGGUAGCAAGUACCAACCAAAGCAGGAUGGACCAUACCAGAGAGGGUGGGUGUGGGUGUGUGUGUCUGUGUGUCUGUCUGUUCUUGAAUUGCAUUUUGAAAAAUAAUUUCUGAAUUAUUUUAGAUUUUUUAUUUAUUUAAAUGUGUAUGGGUACAUUGUCCCAUUCUAAAUUCACUAAUGAAGUCGCUCAGUGACCUAUGUAUAUAUCAUUAUUAUAGACAGGGUGCUCCUAAAUUCUGAUUGGCUGAUAGCUGUGGUAUAUGAGACUGUGUUUUACCGGUUUGAUGUCACAUCACUUUUUACUCUUCUAAUUGCAUUGGAAACCUGUUUAAGGCAUAGGUGAGGUUUGUUGUAGAUUACCAGUAUACCACAGCUAAGUGCUCUGUCCAGGGAUUCUGCAAUGCAGCAUACAUAAGAAAAUAUCUCAGCCGUGUUAUAAUGGUGCCUUGUUGCUUAAUGAUACAUCUGAAUCACUAGUAGUAGUAGUAGUAGUAACACCAAUGAUGGUAACACCAAUGGGACAUUUUAGUAAAUUUGGAUUAUCUGGGAGGCUGAAAUCUGUCCUCCAAAAAUUAUUUACUAAAGUGAAAAAUCAUUGUGCUCACAAUGUUAUUUUUCUUUUGUUUUAAUGAACUGAAACUGUGACAUGGAUUUAGACCUAGAUAAUGAUCAGUGGAACACUUAUGCAUGUCACAAGGGUAUGAUUAACUAAUAUUUGUAUUUAAUAUGCACCCCUGCCCUCAUGAUAACUUUCCACUGGAGAAAAUGGCCACAGUCCUAUAUAUCUUUUAACACCAGUUACAAACCAAAAAACAUUCUGGUAAGAAUAUACAUUAAUAGGCUUUUGUUUGUUUGUGUCUUUGCAAUAGAUUACAUCCCCCGCAAAGCAUUCGGAAUAAUUGACAAGGAUAAGCUUAAAUUGAAGCCUAAAUUCAAGGUACAGCACUUAUAUCUGCAAUUCAAGGACCUGUGUGUGCGCAUGUGUGUAAGAUGAUACUUCACAUACUUCGAAAAAGUGUGUGCGUGUGCGUUCCAAAGAUGUGAAUGUGAGCUUUUCAGCUCUGUUGACCACUCAGUCUGUCCUGUAGAGGAAUUGAGAUGUAGGUCAAUUGACCAGCUCCUGAUCUGUCUAUUUAGGACAGGCAUCCAUUUUGUGUUUGAGAGCAGCUUAGAGCAGAGCCAAGAUGGCUGUUCUGCUCUUUGACCCACACAGGUGUUCCGCAUGCUCCUUUUAGUUACAGCAGUCCUUUAAACAGAAGUUGUGAUUUAUAUAUUUAACCUUAUAAGCUAACUUAUUACAUUUAAUUUUUUUUCUUAAUAACCCAGAAUAUUUAAAUACCUGCAAACUUUGCCUUUUAAUGUUAGGUUAUAGGUUGGUUGUGUGUGUGUGUGUGUGUUUGUGUGUGUUUGUGUGUGUUUGUGUGUGAGUGGCUGUGCUUGUCUGUGUGCAUGAUGUUUGUGUGUGUCCAGGCUGAUACUAUUCUGAGGCCCCAGAGAGCACAGAUACUGCAUCAUCACACACUAGCAGACCACUUACACCGGCCCAACAAUGAACGUGUGUGUGUGUGUGUGUGUGUGUACUUCUCCCUCUGCUCUGGUCAGGCCGUAACCAGAAACAAACGAGAACCGAAAAACACAGAACCCUAAAACAGACCAAAGGUUAACCCCAGGUAUUGUGACAGACAGGGUUUGAACCCAGCUUUUUGGCAUGCCACAAGAGCAUGUUGGUCCUCUGAGUUAAAACCUAGGUUAUUUAUCACUAUCACCUCUGUUACACCUCAGAGAGGGAGAAAAUACCUGAACUGUUCUAGAGGUCUAGUUAAUGACUCCAUGACUGUGACUUUGGGCAUUGGGGGCGCGUGCUUGUGUGCGUGCGUGCGUAGGGAAGGGGUGGGUGGGUGUGGUGCAUUGCUAUGGUGGCGUGUUUAGCGUUUUAGACUUACUUGAAUGACGCUGAGAUGAUGUUACUAAAAGUAGAAUCUACUGUGAUAGAUCUGUCUCUCCUCCUGACCUGUCUAGGUUGAAUAUUUCUAUAGAUCUGUCCUUCCUCCAGGCAUAUCUAGGUCUUGUAUUAAUGUGUUUUAACGCUAUUCGUCUCUGCCAAUAGACUCACUGACUCAUCUCACUAUGGCUGUACAUGUGCCUUUUAUUAAAGAUCAUGGAAACUGAA